AUGGCAUCGCAGCCAGUUUUGCCCAGAAAGUCCUCGGUGCCUUGGGGAACGGAACUGGCUGAACUCCAUGGAGCCUCCAAUCCAAAUCUACCUGAGAAACCGAAUACAUCUCUUCUCAGACCGAGGGAAUCUCGCCCCAGUGACAAAAGCAGUCCAAGCUCACCAAUUGUCGCUUCGCCAAGUGGAGAUGUGAUUCUCAAGUACACCAAGCCAUAUUCAGGAGAGAGCUACUACUGGAAAGUGGAAAGUCGAAUGCUCAGGGAGAAUAGUCCCUAUUUCCGAGUACUUCUGGAUCCUACCAAUAACUUUAUUGAGGGACAAUUGCUUGCACAGCAGCUAGCAGAAUCCUCAGGAUCGGGCUCCCUGCCCGUCGUGGUUAUUCCUGCAACACCUUUUACCGAACUGUACGGUGUUGAUUCUAUGGAGCUGUUCUUGCAAAUUCUAUGCUUCGAGUCUCUGGCAUCCGAGGAGAACAACGAUGAGGAUGAAGGUUUGGAAACUGUGUUUACUCUCAACCUCAAAGCUCAACCUCUGUCUCUCAUUGCUAGAUUGGUUGAGAUUGCCGACUAUUACAACUCCCCGUUGCCCGUUCUUGAUGCCCUCCGCCGUAUGGAUUACUCUCUAGGCAAGGGCAAAUCACGACUUCAAAAGUUUAGCGAGACGACCUUGAAGAUGAGUGAAGAUCGGAUCCGGCAAACGAUUGUUGUUGCGGACUUUCUCAAACAAGAGUCCAUCGCAAAGAUUAUGGCACACGCGUUGGUGAUUGCUGGCUCCAAGCGCUGGGUUCAUUCACCAGAGGUACCGGAGGGUCCAUAUUUCCGGUGGCACUACUUAGCGAAUGGAUUAGAGGAGGAGCUCUAUUACCGACGACAGUGCGUCUUGAAUACGAUCACCGACCUACAAGCAUAUUUCCUCCGCAAAUACGGCGCACUGGAAAGUAACGAGCCCAUGGCUGUCCCCUCUGGAGCCGUGCCACAUCAUACAAUCACACAGCACCGAGUUUACCAGUGCCGAGCUGGACUUGGCAAUGCAAGCCAGUGCGAUCUAUUUCACCUGGGACAGAUGACUCGGUUCUUCGCGCUGCGGGCCAAAUCGAUCUUCAUAGGAUCUACACUGAUUGAUCCUGAGUUUAGUCCGCCUGGCGCCGAAGAUGAGCAUGACGGCAAGGAACAGCCCCCAGUAGGCCCUGAUCUCUCAGCACUCAUCGUCUCACUAAAGAAACACCCUGACUAUCAGAUUGAUCUCAACCAUCAGGCUUGUGGCGUGAAGCGUCGGUUACUUCCGAUCCUUGAUGGUAUUGAGAAGUUUUUGUUGGACGGGCGUGGCAUGCUAGGCCUUGUGCCGUCUCUCUGGGACCAGCCGGAGAAUCGUCAACGGCUGCAGUGGCAGUCCGAUACUUUGUUUGCUGAGGAAGUACAUAUUGUACUCAACCAGAUAUCUUACGUGCAUAUCGGACUCCAAGGUGCCACCGCUGCCAAAAGCGGUUUUCACAGCACCAGAUCACUCAGUCAUGAGGACCAUGCAAGGGCAUUGUUUACUGCCAAGAAGCGGAAGUGGGAGCCAGAAACGUUUUGA